CCAACAUUGACGGGUACUCUCUGUCUCUCUACGAAGACACGGCCGAUGCAGCGCUAGCAGAUUAGAUCAGAGCAGAGACAUCGAGCGAAUUUGGGUCGAUCUGGAGGCGGAGCAAGCGAGGUCGAGGCCGAGCCGCGCACAAUCGCGGCUGGCGCAGGGAUGCAGCAGCAGCACGAGCAGCAGCGAGGGGCCGCGGAGGCGCUGGUGCGCGGGACGGAGGACUGCGAGGAUGUGAGCGGGCGCGUGCACCUGCUGCCCUGCAGCAUCGGGCACAACGGGCGCGCGCCCGUGUCCACCUUCUUCACUCCGGCCGCGGGCGGCGAGGCCAGCAGCGACUACGGCGCCCUGCGCGUCCAGGAGGCGGCCUUCCGCGGCCGCGGGCUGCAGGGCGCGGCCCUGGCGCUGCCGCCCCGCUACCGCGGCCUCGUGCUCGGCAAGGACUCUUCCAGGACCUCGAGCGGCGCUCGCGACGGCGCAUUCGAGGACUGGCAGACUCUCGCCCAGUUCCGCGACCUGACGUAUUGGAAUCACGACUCCCGGCCCUCGAUGUCCGAUCCCCUGCCGCGCUGCUUCGACUGGCUCCAUCUCUCGGAAAUCAUCCACGGCAGCAUCUCCGCGGAGGAAGUCGCUUCGAUGAUGGACGAGCAGAGCUCAGAAUCGAGAGGGCUCAAGAGAAAGUCGUCGUCGUAGAUGUCGUCUGUAGGUAGCUAGUGUGGCAUUCACGUCUGCCUGCUGCAUUGAGAAGCGAGGCUGCGACCCGUGAUGUUACUUCUGCGUAGAGAAUUAGUCCGAUAGUCAGGCUGGCUUCAUUUAGGGGAACCGGGUGCAGAUGUUUUAGAGCCAGAUUAUGUCGGCCGACUGUAAGUAAAUUGCAGGAGGCGAAGAUGGGACUGCAUGUCUGAACACUCAAAUUUGUUAUAGUGUAGAGUUUCUUUUCAGAUCAAAUACGAAAUUGUAAAUUUUGCCAUCAAGAAAUCAAGAACAGAUUUAUCACCU